UUACGGACUAACAACCGGGCGCGAGGGAGCACUCGGCGGUUGGACUCUACAGGAACCGAGGAAUCCCGACCGCUCGCGACAUUUCCUCCGCUGUCCGCCCGGCGGGUUUUUUUUUUUCCUCGCGUCGGUUACCGGAGAACUUCGCGUGUUUUGCGUGGCUCCCCCCCCCCACCCCUCCGGUGUGUUUUUUAUUUUAUUUUCCUCCUCCACCUCCUGCUCCCCAUGUUCUAUCGGCGCGUCCGCGGGCAGUGUGUGUGUGGAGGCUGUGAUACACGAGGAGAGAAAUGCAGGGAUUCGUCCGGUUGCAGCUGUACCGCUGAGCUGCGUCGCUAACCCCCCCUCCUCCCGGCUUUGUGUGUGUGUGUGUGUCUCUUUUUUUGUGUUGGCAAUCCCUUCAAACGGGACCACGGAGUGAUAGAAGAGGGGGGGAAUAGGAAGAACUGAGCCGGAGGAGGGCAUUUGGAUUCAAGCGCGGCGGCCGCCGGGGUCUUCUUCACGCCCCCCCACCCCUCUCCCGGUCACUGUGUGACCGAGUUUAACGUCGGACCCGGGGUAUACCUUCCCCCCCGAAUCUGGGAGAGCCUCGGGGACCCCUGACGCUGCUGGUCCGGGGAGAGAGAGAGAAAGAGUUCCCACACGGCUGUCGGACAGUUUUUUCUCUUCUUCUUCUCCUCCCCGGUCUGAAGAGCUCCGCACCGCCCGGAUGAGGGCGAGGAGACACGCCGGGGAAGAGAGUCGCCGCCGCGGCUUGUGAUUGUGUCCGAGUGGGUCCAGCACGGAGCUUUUAUUUUUUUAUUUAAAAAAAAUUUUUAUUCGGCACCUCGCCGUAGGCGCGAGUGUGCGAAAUGGUGAAACUCUACAGAAGAGGGACAACGGGACAGUACUUUUAAUACACACACACAACACAUCGCCCACAUGCACCGGAUCAAUUGCUGGAUUUGGGAACCGCAUACGCAGACGGGGGUUCGGGGAUCCGUGGAGGCUGCUGCCGGAGGAUGGAGCGGUGUAGCCGGGGUUGGUGAGCGCCUCACUUCGGGGCCACUUUGCUUUUUUUACUCCCAAACAACUUGCCCCCGUCGCCAGGACACAUGCAGGCCAAAAAACGCUACCUGAUCCUGCUCUCCGCCGGCGUGUGCCUGCUGCUUCUCUCCUACCUCGGAGGGGUCCAACUUCCCGCGGCGAGCAGGAGCCGGCAUGACCGCAGCCGGACCGGGUACCGGCCCGACCAGCCCUGGCCGCACUUCUCGGACCCGUUACACAUGUUCUCCCCCGUGGACCACACGGACACGCAGGAGUACAACCUGCACAUAUCGCCGCGGCAGAAGCGGGACGGCAACGCGAGCGUCUACCGGGGCAAGCGGUGCCGCGCGGACUCGUGCUUCGACUUCGCGCCGUGCCAACGGAGCGGGUUCAAAGUGUACGUGUACCCGCAGCAGAAGGGGGAGAAGAUCUCCGAGAGCUACCAGAACAUCUUGUCCACCAUCGAGGGCUCCAGGUUUUACACCUCGGACCCCGGGCAGGCGUGUCUGUUCAUCCUGAGCCUGGACACUCUGGACCGGGACCAGCUGUCCCCGCAGUACGUGCACAACCUGAAGACCAAGGUGCAGAGCCUGCCGCUGUGGAACGACGGGAGGAACCACCUGAUCUUCAACCUGUACUCGGGCACGUGGCCGGACUACACGGAAGACCUGGGCUUCGACAUCGGCCAGGCCAUGUUGGCCAAGGCCAGCAUCAGCACCGAGAACUUCCGGCCCAACUUCGACGUGUCCAUCCCGCUGUUCUCCAAGGAGCACGCGCGCACCGGCGGCGAGCGGGGCUUCCUCAAGUACAACGCCAUCCCGCCGUUUCGCAAGUACGUGCUGGUGUUCAAGGGGAAGCGCUACCUGACGGGCAUCGGCUCCGACACGCGCAACGCGCUGCACCACCUGCACAACGCCGGGGACGUGGUGCUGCUCACCACCUGCAAGCACGGCAAGGACUGGCAGAAGCACAAGGACGCGCGCUGCGACCAGGACAACGCGGAGUACGACAAGUACGACUACAAGGAGAUGCUCCACAACUCCACCUUCUGUUUGGUGCCCCGCGGCAGACGGCUGGGCUCCUUUCGCUUCCUCGAGGCGCUGCAGGCUGCGUGUGUGCCCGUGAUGCUGAGCAACGGCUGGGAGCUGCCCUUCUCCGAGAUCAUCGACUGGAACACGGCGGCCGUGAUCGGAGACGAGAGGCUGCUGCUGCAGAUCCCGACCACGGUGCGCUCCAUCCACCAGGAUAAGAUCCUGGCCCUCCGACAGCAGACUCAGUUCCUCUGGGAGGCCUACUUCUCCUCCGUGGAAAAGAUAGUGCUGACCACGCUUGAGAUCAUCCAGGACCGCGUGUUGCAGCACGGCUCCAGGAGCAGCCUGAUGUGGAACAGCCACCCCGGGGGGCUCUUCGCCCUGCCGCAGUACUCCGGAUACCUGGGAGACUUCCCCUUCUACUACGCUACACUGGGUAUCAAACCCUACCCCAAGUUCACGGCGGUCAUCCACGCCGUCUCGCCCCUGGUGUCCCAGUCCCAGCCCAUACUCAAGCUCCUGGCAGCCGUGGCCAGGUCCCAGUACUGUGCCCAGAUCAUCGUCCUGUGGAACUGCGACAAGCCUCUGCCGGCCAAGCACCGCUGGCCCGCCACCUCGGUGCCCGUCAUCGUCAUCGAGGGAGAGAAUAAGGUGAUGAGCAGCCGCUUCCUGCCCUACGACACCAUCGUGACCGACGCCGUGCUCAGCCUGGACGAGGACACGGUGUUGUCCACCACAGAGGUGGACUUCGCCUUCACGGUGUGGCAGAGUUUCCCCGAGCGGCUCGUGGGCUACCCGGCCCGGAGCCACUUCUGGGACAGCAACAAGGAGCGCUGGGGCUACACCUCCAAGUGGACCAACGACUACUCCAUGGUGCUGACCGGGGCCGCCAUCUACCACAGGUACUACCACCACCUGUACACCAACUACUUGCCCUCCAGUCUGAAGGGCAUGGUGGACCAGCUGGCCAACUGCGAGGACAUCCUGAUGAACUUCCUGGUCUCCGCCGUCACCAAGCUGCCGCCCAUCAAGGUCACGCAGAAGAAGCAGUACAAGGAGACCAUGAUGGGCCAGUCCUCCAGAGCUUCCCGGUGGGCCGACCCGGACCACUUUGCCCAGCGGCAAACCUGCAUGAACAAGUUCGCCAGCUGGUUUGGCGCCAUGCCGCUGGUCCACUCCCAGAUGAGACUGGACCCCAUCCUGUUCAAGGACCAGGUCUCCAUCCUGCGCAAGAAGUACCGGGACAUCGAGAGGCUCUGACAGGGGGGGGGGGCGCCAGAGAGACUCUGUGGACAGCAGGAGGAGGACGGGCGGCGGCGCGGCUCCGUCGUCCACUCGGCUCGUUGCCAACGACGACAGCGCCGCCGCCGCCGGGAUGAACAGGAAGCGAGCAGAUGGCGUUGGGAUAUGAGAAAUGCAGAAACGGAAAGCCCGCAAACACAGACGGACUGACGGGGUCGCCCAACGCACGACUGACGACCACGACUCUUGGAUAGAAUAUUUUUUUGUACGACACGAACGCCGCCGACGUUCCUCCGCGCUGUCGGCACGCGGGCAGGACGGUCGACGAGGGAAGGCGUCCACGAUCGCAAAACCUGGCAACCCCCCCCCCCCUCCCCUCUUCCUCCCAUCAUAAAUCCUACCGAGCUCCCCGGUCCGCAUCGGAGCCCCUGCUUCACGGCCCGGGAGACCCUGUUCGCUGGUCGAUUUGAUUUCUGUACAAGUCGUCUCUCCGGCGUCGCCGCCGACCGCUCGUCCUCUCCGGGAGGUUUGAAGUCGUCGCUUUAAUGUUCGCCGUCCUCCGGGCAGCCGAGGUGAACGGCGUCUGGCUUUAUUAAAGCGCCCGACAAGGUUUUUACAGCCGCCCGGUCGAUCUUGAAAUUGGCUGCUCGGCCAUCAACACACACCCUCGAGCCGGGAAACAUCCCGCCUUUCCUUUCCUCGGCUCCUUUCCUCGAUGUGCUGAUUCGGCUAUCUGCGUCGCCUGUUAUCACGAAGGAAAGAAAUCCCAUUUUCCUCUCACACUCGCCGAGGCCGUUGUUCUUCGCUCAUCUUUUUCUUCUUCUUCUUCACUUACUUUCAUCGUCUUUAUUUCCCCUUUAAACUGUCUGUGUGUGUGUGUGUGUGUGUGUGUGUGUGUGUGUGUGUGUGUGUGUGUGUGUGUGUGUGUGUGUGUGUGUGUGUGUGUGUGUGUGUGUGUGUGUGUGUGUGUGUGUGUGUGUGUGUGUGUGUGUGUUCAACGGAGGCCGUUUGAGCUCACGUGAAAGAAGCGGCGCGCUUAUAGCGGCCUUCCUGUCGAGCUGGCGUUCAGCCACUGUUCAGUGUGUGUGUGUGUGUGUGUGUGUGUGUGUGUGUGUGUGUGUGUGUCUUCGUCAUCUGUCAUUAUCAGCGUCACAUUCAUCUACGGUUUUAAUUUCAAGUUUUAUUCUCUCUUUUUUGGUUGUUGAUUUGUUCUCAUUUUGCUCCACAAAUAGUUUAUAUAAACUGCCACGUGGUCAUGUGAUCAUGCUCAUCGGGCUUUGGCGUGUUCUAAUCCACACGCUACCAAUCCAACGUUUCAGCAUGUCGAAGGCAGCAGGACUCUCGGGUUUCGCCUCCUCGUCGCUUUGAACGCCGUCUCCGCCGAGUCCGGAGAGACGUUUCCGAUCUGUUUUACCGAGUCGCAAACAAACACAACAACAAACUCAACAAUAAACUCAACAACAAACACAACAACAAACUCAACAACAAACACAACAACAAACUCAAACCCAUCUCAGAUCCCCGCGUCUCUCUCAGCGCUGUACAUAGGCACAUAUUUAUUUUUUUGAGAAAUACGAAAACGAAAGCGUCGACGCUGUGCGGCGCGAGGCCGAGGGGAGCUGACGGUGUUCAUCCGGUUCAUCUUCCGCACGCCGUGCACAUUAACACACAGAAGACGGCGGUGGCUCUGCGGCUCGUGGUUACCGUGGUUAUGGUUUCCUCCCCCGCGAGAGACGUGACAUGAAGUUUGGUUUUAACUCUGAGCGAUCGCGUCCUCCAGCGCUCCGCGAUUGGAUCGGGAAGCACAAUCUCGGCUCGGGAGUCAAAUUGCCGAGUCCCAAUAAAGACGCCGCCGACUGACGCGCCGCGAAAUAAUAAGCAGAUGGGUCCUCUGAAGCUGAUGGAAACAUUUUCAGCUGUAACACCCCCCCCCCCACACACACACACACACACCACACACACACAUGCGUUACAAUAAUGGGUCUGAGUUGUGUUUAAAUUGCCUCUCUGGAAAACUGGUCUCAGGUCAGCGGGGAGAGGAGGAGAGGAGAGGAGAGGAGUCCAGAGCCCGAGACAUUAUUUACCCUCUGGAAGUUUAUUUGGUUCCUCCAUCAUCCUCCGUCAUUUGAUCGGACGGGGAACAUUAUGCAAGUUCUCAUCGUGUGCUUGGAAGUCCGACGAAAAAAGGAGGUUCACCCCAAAUAUGCCGGGCAGUUUGGUGUUUACGGCGGCGACGUGUGUGUGUGUGUGUGUGUGCGUGUGUGUGUGUGUGUGUGUGCGUGUGCGUGCUGUAAACUCGUCUGUUCUUGAUUUGUGCCUUCUUAUCAACGUGUGCGUUCUCCACAUGCCGAGCGCCGUCUGUCCAGGACUCAUCCCCCCCCCCCCUCUCAUACACUGGAUGAGUCGCCGCCUCCACGUCCCGUAUUAUAAGCGCCGCGCUUUCUCCUCCUUUGGACACGGUUGCCGAGGCAACAACGUAUGACCACUUCCUGUCUGGGAUUUAUUUAUCAGCGAAUUGGCCACAUCGCUUUCACCAAUCGGCAGCCGGUCGUGUCCGUCGGCCCCGAUGCCUUCUCCUCCCUCCGACCUUGUAAUUAACAGAAGACUUUUAUAGAGGUCACAAAUGAAAUAGAUAAAUGCCAAUUUUGUAAGAAUGAUUUAUAAAAAAAUAAAAAUAAACUCAUAUUUGAUGAUAA